AUGCAUCUCAUGUACACGAUCGACGACAGCGGCAAGCGCACCUACACGCUGAAGAAGGUGCUAGGCGGCGAGGUCACCAAGUCGGCGCACCCGGCGCGCUUCUCGCCCGACGACAAGUGGUCGCGCCAGCGCGUGACGCUGAAGAAGCGGUUCGGGCUUCUGUUGACGCAGCAGAAGAACAAGAUUGCCGAGAACCAAUAA